AUGAGUGGAGAGGAGGUGGAGAAUGGCGUGGUGGCGAUGGUGGGGGUGGUGGCUCAGAUGGUGCUGGAGGUGUGUGGGGAGCUGCAGGAGGAGGGCGAGGAGGAGUGGGAGAGGGUUGAAGAGAUUGCUGAGAGGUUGGAAGAGGUGGAGGGAGAGGAAGAGAAGGGAGAUGAGGUGCGUGAGGAGGAGGGCGAGCAGGAGGAAGGGAAUGAGGGGGAGGAGGAGGAAGGGGGGCUAUGGAGGAAGAAGCGUGAGCAACAGAGGCACGAGCUACAGAAGCAGCGGUGGCAGGCGGGGCAGCAGGGCAGGGACGUGCGAGCAUGCCAGGCCAUGCUCCUCUCCUUCCUUGAUCAGCUCAUCGCCCAACACCCACUGCUGCUCCGCCUCCUCACCUUCCAGGGCUUUUCGCUCACAUGUGUACCUCCCCUGGUUGCAGCCUCCCCAGCCACGCGCUCCCUUCUCCCAGCGCUCGCACGGGAGCUGCUGCAGCAGCCAAUCAUGUCGCGCCAGCUCAUGGCCGUGGCUCUGGUGGCCGAGUAUGCUGUGUGCUGCAGUGCUGCACCCGACGCUCUGCCCCUCGCCUCCCAUGUGCUGCAUCUGCUCGCGAACACCCUCACCCACACGGCCGCUUCCACCGACUUCCUCUCCUUGUCUGUGCCCCCCGCGUUCCCCUCCCCUCUGCCCCCCAAUCCACGCCAGGUGCUUCAUCUGCUCGCCCACACGCUCACCCACACGGCCGCUGCAACCGACUUCCUCUCCUCCACCCUCCCCUCUGCUGUCAGAUGUGCUGUCGCCCUCCCCGCCCUCACCCCCGCUACAGUCACGCUCCUGCGUGACUGUAUCAGGGUGGCGGGACCCCUUCUGCCCCACCUCCCACCACAAGUCCCUGUGCUCUUUGCAGCAGCGGAGGCAGCUUGGGGAGUGCUGGUCAGGAGCUUGACUCGCACAGCCUCCAUUUCCCUCCGUUUUCUGCAAUUGUCCUAA